CACCAUUCUUGACCUGCCAACCUUCUCAGCCUGCUCAGUCUUCUUCUAUGCAUAUCAUGGAGCAACAAUGAGGAUUUGCCUUCCCAGCCUGCUCGUUAUCCUAUUAUUCACAGGUCGCUACAUGUUAUCACAAGGAUAAUUACAUCUGGCAACAAGGAAGGCGUGUCUUUCUUCAUGAAAUCAAUGUCAUCGAUGAUUCCUAUUGUUCUGUUAAUUAUGUUGCCUCAUGGACUUCAACAAGCAUCAAGUUCAUUGGUUCAGGCAUCAGCAAGAACAUUAUUCAACACUAAGACAGAUGGGGAUACCUUGCUGGCAUUCAAGGCAAGCCUAAGCAACCAGUGGGGUGCCCUAGCCUCAUGGAACACCACCACUGACUUCUGCAGGUGGCAAGGUGUCAGUUGCAGCCUUAAGCAUAAGCACAGGGUCAUAGCGCUUAACCUCUCUUCGGAGGGCCUUGCUGGAACUAUCGCCCCUUCCAUUGGGAACCUCACGUUCUUAAGAAUUCUGGACCUCAGCUCUAACAAAUUGCAAGGUGAAAUUCCUUCAUCGGUUGGCCACCUGCCUCGGUUACAGCAUCUCUACUUGUCAGACAACUUGCUACAUGGUGAGAUAACCACCCAGUUGAAUAACUGCACAAGUCUUGAAACCAUCGAACUUUCUUCAAACUGGUUCACUGGAGAAAUCCCUGCUUGGCUCGGAGGCUUGUCAAAUCUCAAGUCCAUACGCCUGAGCAAGAACAACUUCAGUGGGAUAAUCCCACCAUCACUUGCCAACCUCUCAGCACUCCAAGAAAUCUAUUUUACGAACAACCAACUUGAUGGGCGAAUCCCUGAGGGCCUUGGCAGGCUCAGAGCUCUUGAGUUCAUGGCUCUGACUGCGAACCACCUCUCAGGCACCAUCCCUACAACACUCCUCAAUCUUUCCUCACUGACACACUUUAGUGUGACAAUGAAUGAGUUGCAUGGGACGCUGCCUUCUGACUUGGGGAAUCGCCUCCGUAAACUCCAGUACCUCCUCCUUGACAUUAACCAAUUUACAGGAAACCUUCCAGUCUCUCUUGCCAAUGCAACAGGGAUAUAUCUUCUAGACGUCUCCUCUAACAAUUUCACUGGAACCGUGCCUCCGGAGAUCGGAAAGCUAUGCCCACGCAUUUUCAAUCUUGAAGAAAAUCAGUUUGUGGCGACUACUGGUUCAGACUGGGAGUUCAUGACAUUCCUGACAAACUGCACACGUCUCUGGUUACUUGACCUUCAAGACAACAUUCUAGGUGGCAUGCUGCCGAGCUCUGUUGCCAACCUGUCAUCACAGCUAUCCGUGCUAUCUUUUGGAUUCAAUGAGAUUUCUGGAAAGAUACCAUUUGGCAUCAGCAAUCUUGUCGGGCUACAUGACUUGCAGCUCUCCAAUAGCCGAUUUACGGGCAUAUUGCCUGACAGCAUCGGAAAGUUAAAUGUACUGCAAUUCUUGGGGCUCGCUAACAACCUAUUGACAGGGUUCAUGCCAUCCUCACUUGGGAACUUGACACAGCUUCUACAUCUUUUCACAGAUAACAACAAGUUUGAAGGACCACUUCCGACAAGCCUAGGGAACCUCCAGAAGAUAACUUUAGCAAGCUUCAGAAACAAUAAGUUCACAGGUCCAUUGCCUGUAGAGAUUUUUAGCUUAUCAUCCUUGUCAAUCGCUCUGGAUUUGUCAGGCAAUUAUUUUGUCGGUCCUCUUCCACCAGAAGUCGGUAGCCUGACGAAGCUUGCGUACUUGUAUAUCUCCAGGAAUAACUUAUCAGGGCCACUGCCUGAUGCACUCAGCAAUUGCCAGAGCUUGAUAGACCUUCGGUUGGACAGCAACUCCUUCAGCAGUAGCAUCCCUGCAUCUAUCAGCCAAAUGCAAGGCGUGACAUUCCUAAAUCUGACAAAAAACACACUCUCUGGCGUGAUUCCUCAAGAGUUGGGACUCAUGAGUGGAAUGAAAGAAUUGUAUCUUUCACACAACAACUUGUCUGGGAAUAUACCAAAAAGCUUUGAAAACAUGACAUCCUUGUACCUGCUGGACCUAUCCUUCAACCAUCUGGAGGGUGAAGUUCCAACACAUGGUGUGUUCAGUAAUGUGACUGGAUUUUCGUUAGAUGUGAAUUUGGGCCUCUGUGGUGGUAUCUCAGAAUUACAUUUGCCUCCAUGCCUGCCAAAAUCCAUGGAGGACAACAAAAGGAAACGUCGUCUCAUUUUCAAAGUAAUGGCCCCAAUUGCUUGCAUCAUUCUGUGCUUUAGUUUGGUGCUUAUUUACAUUUCACGAAGAAAGAAACCAAAAGCUCGAUCUACAGCCUUGACAGGAUUUCAUUUGAUAGAUGGUAAACAUCCUAGAGUUCCUUACGCAGAAUUGGUCCAAGGAACGAACGGUUUUGAUACAAACAAUUUGAUUGGUACAGGAAGGUAUGGAUCAGUAUAUAAGUGCAGUUUGCUACUCAAAAAUAUGAUAACUACCGUUGCUGUGAAGGUGUUUGAUCUUCAACAAUCUGGCUCUUCCAAAAGUUUCAUAACAGAGUGUGAGGCACUUAGUACGAUCCGUCAUCGUAAUUUGAUCAGCGUCAUAACUUGCUGCUCAAGUUCAGAUUCAAACCAAAACGACUUCAAGGCCCUCGUGUUUGAGUUCAUGCCUAAUGGAAAUCUACAUGGGUUGUUGCAUCUCGAUGUGCAUGCAUCACAGCAACGGCGAGGUUUGACAUUGGCGCAGAGAUUAAAUAUCGCCACUAAUGUUGCGGAUGCACUAGAUUAUUUGCACAACAACUGUGAGCCACCAAUAGUUCACUGUGACUUGAAGCCAAGCAACAUUCUUCUCGAUCAGGAUUUGGUUGCUCAUGUUGGGGACUUCGGCCUUGCAAAAAUUCUUCCUGCGUCAGAAAGUGAGCAACUGAUUGACUCAAAGAGCACUAUCGGAAUAAGAGGAACAAUUGGAUAUGUUGCUCCAGAAUAUGGGGAAGGUGGUCAAGUUUCUCCAUAUGGGGAUGUAUACAGCUUCGGAAUUGUCAUCCUCGAAUUGUUUACUGCCAUGGCACCUACUCACGACAUUUUUAGAGAUGGGCUGACCUUGCAGAAGCAUGCCGAGAAUGCGUUUCCGGGGAUGAUAAUGAAGAUUGUUGAUCCAGUCCUACUCUCUAUCGAAGAAGCUUCUGCAAGUAAUUUGGAGGGUGGAAGAGAUGCAAUGGAAGACAUCAGCAAGGUCAUGUUGUCUAUCACAAUACUUGCACUAUCAUGCAGCAAGCAGGCACCAACAGAGAGGAUGUGCAUGAGGGAUGCAGCAGCUGAGAUGCGAAGGAUAAGGGAUCACCAUGUUAAAAGAAGACAAAAGGAAGAAGAAGUUACCAUGCAGUGAUAUGCAUUAGGCAAGGUGACGGUUGGCAAUACAGAUAAUGGCAUUCAUUCUACUUGCCCUUCAGCUUUGCGAAUAAUAUUGGCUUAAAGUAGUAAUCUUUUUCUAAAUGUAGAAAAAAGUCUAUCUACACCCGUACCAAUGCCAUACUUACCAGACUUAGGCUAUCUCAUUGCCGAACUCCAAAAAGGUGAGAUUUCGCCUCAUCUGAAUAAUAUUUAAUCCAGGGCAUGGAGCAACGAAUGCGUGUGCUUAAUUUUCAACAAAUGACAUUUCAUCUUGUUGGGUAUGUGACUGUAUAAACUGUUGGGAAAAUAUUGUAGUACCAAUGCUCUUUGUAUGUGAAACCAGUGAAUCAAUGUUUAUUUAGUGACAGCUAUUACUCACCGUACUGCAGCACCA